GGUGUGGGUCUUGGCAUAAAAGUCAGUGGUGCUGGAUGAGGUCUUCUCGUUGGACCGUCUGUACGUAGUUAGUAAAAAUGAAUGUUGUGGCGAAAUCGUCGAAUUUGUCACCUUUUUUAAGGUCGACUGUGACUGUCGUUACAAAUGGAACACAACCAGUAGUUUCAAGUGCUGCUGUUGUAAAACCAAAGAUUGUUGGGAAAUCUACCGUCAAACUACUACUUAAAGAAAGUAUGCUUCAAAGUCUUAUUACAGGGCCUUUGCGUGUAAGCUCAGGAAUCGGAGCGAGCUUACUAGCAGUGCAAAGGAGAAUGGCUCAUACCGAUAUUCAAUGGCCAGAUUUUACUGACUAUCGUCAAGACUCUACUAAAGAUCCAACAGUUAAGAGUAAAGAAUCUGCAGCUAGUCGUAAAACUUUCACAUAUGUUAUGACAACUGCUAUGGGUGUUGGUUGUAUGUACUCUGCAAAAUCAGCUGUACAUAAUGCUGUAUCUCUAUUAGCUGCAACUAAAGAUGUUUUGGCUUUAGCAAAAAUUGAAGUUAAACUUGAUACAAUUCCAGAAGGAAAAAGUGUCAUUUUUAAAUGGCGUGGAAAACCUUUAUUUGUACGUCACAGGUCAGCAAAAGAAAUCGAAAAAGAAUCGCAAGUUGAUAUUACAAAUCUUAGAGAUCCACAAGACGAUAAGGAUCGUGUGAAACAACCAGAGUGGUUAAUUGUGCUGGGAGUAUGUACGCAUUUGGGAUGCGUCCCAAUUGCUAAUGCUGGUGAAUUUGGUGGUUAUUAUUGUCCUUGUCAUGGUUCUCACUAUGACGCCAGUGGGAGGAUUAGGAAAGGACCAGCACCUCUAAACUUAGAAGUGCCACCUUAUGAAUUCAUUGAUCAGAAAACUGUACUAGUUGGUUGAAAUGUAAAUGUUUGUAGUCAAAUGAUAAUGUUCUUUCUAAUGUCACUUUUUUUGCACGAAUUCUUUUAUUCUAAAUUUAGACAAAAUAUUUUCUUUACAAUUUAAAUUAUCAGUACGAUGAAGUAUUAUAAACACAAUAAAAUUGUGUAAAUAAUACAAUAAAGUGUAACCGAAA